GAUAGUGAUUGUCGUGUCUGUGUUGUCAAUUGUGAUGCAGACGCCAGACAGGUGUGCUGUGACUCGCCGGCACUGAACUGUACUAACGUAGGUAGCGGUAGCCACCCCACUACCCUAGUUUCUUUUCUUUCUUAUGAAGCACGAAACCGGUUUUAUGUGCAUCGGUAUUCCUAUUCAGUAUUCACUAUCAGCUGUUCCUGCCACAAUACGCAGAGAGUCGUGAGUGAGCUCAGCUGCUCGGCGCUGUGAAACGUUUAGUUAUCCAAUCUCAUUCUAAUUUCUCAAGUUGAAGUUAUUCAACAAGGCCUACUAAGACUCACGAGAUUCGAGAAUGGAAUCUAAUGAGUUACCGGUACCAUCACCUAAGCUGCCUUUCGAAGGUUUCAUUGACCCAGGUUUGCCCAGCAAGUGUACAUGGAGGCCAGGGACAAGGGACAAAGACCCACACAAUCAUAUAGAUCAGCAUGACCGGUCACAUAUUUUGCCCAGUAUUCUGCAUGCCAUAGGACAAACUCCCCUGGUCAGGCUCAACCGGAUUCCAAAGGAAGAAGGAGUACAAUGUGAAAUUCUGGCAAAAUGUGAGUUUCUGAAUCCUGGGGGCAGCCUCAAGGACCGCAUAGGUUUUCGGAUGGUGGAGGAGGCGGAGGCUGAGGGUCGUCUCAAACCUGGUUGUACCCUGGUGGAGCCUACGUCAGGCAACACUGGGGUCGGGAUCGCCAUGGCUGCGGCUGUCAAGGGCUACAAGUGCAUCAUCGUCAUGAGUCAGAAAAUGUCCAACGAGAAGGUGUACACUUUGCAAGCCCUGGGCGCGGAGGUGGUCCGCACUCCCAUAUCAUCUGGCUCCUACGCACCAGACGGACUCAUGGCCAAGGCGCAGUUAAUAGCAAAAGACAUUCCAGAUGCAGUAGUACUAGAUCAGUAUCGCAACAAAGGAAACCCACUGGCUCACUAUGAUGGUACAGCUCGUGAGAUCAUGCGGCAAUGUGAGGGCCGGUUGGAUGCUGUGGUGAUUGGAACAGGCACAGGUGGCACUAUUGCUGGUAUUGGACGCUACUUCAAAGACCACGCGCCUCAUGUGCGGGUGGUCGGUGUUGACCCUUAUGGCUCCAUCCUGGCAUUGCCUAAGGAGCUCAACAACAGCGACACUGAUUACUACGAUGUAGAAGGCAUCGGUUACGAUUUUAUACCAACUGUUAUAGAUCGAAAUGUGGUUGAUGAAUGGAUUAAAAUGGGUGACAAAGAAGCUUUCACUAUGGCAAGAAGACUUAUUCGAGAUGAGGGUCUAUUGUGUGGUGGGAGCAGUGGAACAGCAGUUUGUGGUGCCCUGAAAUAUGCAAAAUCUUUAGAUGCUUCAAAGCGUGUAGUUGUUAUAUUGCCAGAUAAUGUCCGCAACUACCUAACCAAAUUUCUCUCUGACGAUUGGAUGAGAGAAAGGAACUUCAUAGACUGAGAGUGUUAAACGUUUCCUGCAAUUUGAAUAAAGCAUUACCUUUUAUUUUAA